AUGGAUCCCACGCCACCUUCCAAGCGCCGGCGGUCGAGCUCGCCUUCGGCCGCCGCCGCUCCCCGGCCAUCUGGCUCCCCCUCUCGACCACUCCUCCCCCCUCCCACACCGUCGGCGCAUGCUCAACCUGGACUAUAUCCUACGUUUGCACCGCCGCCACAAGGUGCCGCUGCUGGCCCAUCAUGGGCAGGCUGGCCGGCCGAGCGGGAUGCGGAAGCGGGGAGGGCGCGAGCAGAACAGAGGCGGUCAAUGGAUGCGAGGAGUCCAGUGAGCGACGUGGAGAGCACGAGGAUGGAGUUCAUUGACGAGGGGAGUGAAGGCGGGAUGCUGUUCGCCAGGCACGAUGGAAGCAGGGCACCGAGGAGUAUGAUGGCGUGUACAAGGUGUCGUCGGCAAAAGAUGAAAUGUGACGGACCAGGCAAUCUACCAUGUCGCGGCUGUCGGCAGUCCGGCCAGCCUUGCAUCUUCGAAGCUCGGUCCCGCCCAAAAUCCAUAUCCGCCUUACCCUCCCGCGCUCCGCCAUUUCAUCCCACAUCCAGCUCUCUCGCUCGGCCCGGCUCGCCUACCCCAGUGCCGCAGCCAGGUCCUUCCAUGUCGUCCGGCUUCUACCCUUCACAUUCUCAACCCGCACCGCCCGUCACUUCUCGCAAUCAUCCCCCACCUAGCGACUCGUACAUCAUGCGCUCAGCUCGCGAGCCUCUUCCACCCGCCCCUCCCUCCUCCCUCUCCGCCAUGGCGUCCUCAACCUACGUCGCACGAGGUCAUGCCUCAUCCGCCUCGACCAGCGCAAUCCCCACCGGUCCCGUUCCCCCGCAAUACUAUAACCAUCCUUCCCACAUGCCACCGGUCAUGGCUCGUCCAAUAUCACCGACCGAAUCCAGGUGGCGGAACGUCGAAGGCAGCUUGCGGUCACUGCAGGGCUUGCCUUCGACCGUGGGCGCGAUACAGUCCAGCUUGAAUUAUAUUCAACGCUCGACCGAGUCGGUCCUAUCUGUAGUCUCGGCUCGUCCGGCCACAGGUCAAUCAUCAGGACGGCAGGAGGUCCGCGCACGCGAAGCAGCCCCAGACAUAUCAGAUAUGGCAUGGAACAGCUAUCGCUCGAGUGCGUGGCCUCUGACACCCUGGCUCGUCGGUCUGCGCGAAGCGGGAGGUCUGCCGGGCCUCGUUGUUGCCUUCCUGGGCAAGCGGACGUUGAUGGAUCGCACGGAUCAGAGUAGGCAGGAUUGCGGAGACGCAACAGCGGCGGUGUAUGCGGAGAUCGCUAGGUUGAUGGUGGCGCGGCUGGACUGGACCAAGGAGGAGAUCAGGGCAUUGGGUGUCUUUGGGACUUGGCUCAAUGACACCUCGCUGUCGUGCUUUGCACUGGGUCAAGCCAGGAUGCAAGGCCUCGAUCGCAUCAUGAUGCCUCGCCGGUCUCAUGAUGACUGGAGAGAGUGGAUCUACCUCUCCUUGAUGGACAAGCUAUCACACGUCCCAGACUUCAUUAUGCCCCUCUCCAUCGACAUCCUCUCACAUGCCUGGCGUGAGCGGCUCAACACCACAACAUCCAUAGACCCCGCAGUCCGGGAUCGAGAUCUCAAGCUGCUCGCUUGGCUCGAGUACUCGGAGUACCUCGUCGAGAUCCUCAAGGCGCAACAGACGACGCGUUUGGUUGCCGCGAAUGAGGCCGCGGUGUCGCCGAGGAUGGAGGGAAGACCGUCCAGUACACGGCCGGAAUCAAGUGCCCAGCGAGCGACGGGGGAGGGAACUAGUAGUCAGAGCAGCAAGGCGAUGGAGUUGUGGAAAAGAUGGGGAGGGCAGUGGGAGAAUUGGGCGAUGGCUUGGAAUGUCAGGGCAGAUCCUAUUCUGUCCCUUCAUUACAACUAUGCUCUGCUGUUUACACUCUCGCCUGUCUUCUUGUGUAGUCCGAGUGUGUGGACAGAACUGGCCUCGAGCCAUGAGGGAUCGCAACAUCUGGACAGAACGAGAGAUGCCGCUUUCGCAGUCAUCAAGGCUAUCUGCUCGCCGGAAGUGUCACGUACCCUGCCCUUUUCAUUCGCCCUCUUCCGCCCCCUACUCGGCCUCGCCGUCCAUACCCUUGUCUCCCUACACAUCGCCCUGCCCAACUCACCCAUUAUCUCCCCCGCAUACCUCGUCUCCGUCCUCCGCUCGACACACGAGACUCUCUAUGCCGCGCACCCCCUCGAUGCCUUCUCGGCCCCAGCGGCCACUAUCGUCCGCUCGCCUGUGGCUACGACGACUGGCUUGGCAAGGCCGUCAUCUGUCCGUCCGAGCUCGAGGGCCAGUCGGAUCAGUACGGCUGACCGAGGGUCCACUGGAGGCACGACCGCGGGCGCGCCAAUGGGAGGGGGAAGUAUACCGGAAGAACCUGGAGAAGGGGGUUUGUUGAGAGAGAUGGUGGAGGGCGGGAUCGGAAGAGGGAGGGAUGUCUGGGGGCAAGAACCAGGAAGGGAGGUGUGGAGGCGGCUGGUGGGAUGA